UAAUAGAAGUUCCACUGUAUUUGAGUUCAAACAAGUUUUACUCGUAAACUCUUUUUUUAGCAUUUCUCGGCAAAUAUUAAUCAGUAAACAAUGGAGUUGAUAUCAACAUUAGUUAAGAAAACAAUUCCAAACUAUCUUUCAGGACUUCCAAUUCCUGAUACUUUUGGAGGAUGGUUUAAAUUGGGAUUCAAAGACUGGGUUUCCUUGGUGCCACCGACAGCUUUAACAGCAGGCUUAGUCUAUGUUAGCUAUUUAGCGCUCUGUCCUGCUUCUCCAUGCCGAAGUGGCGCUCGUUCUAAUAAGCGUGUUAACCAGAAAGUUCGCCUUAACGAAGCUAAAGUUGUUGAUAUGAUUGAUAUUGAAGAUAUCUCCGAAAAGGCAGCUUUUUGCCGUUGCUGGAAAUCAAAGAACUGGCCGUAUUGUGAUGGAACUCAUGGAGAACAUAACAAGGAAUGCAACGAUAACGUAGGACCAGUCGUGGUAUCUCGCAAACAAAAGUAACUCCAUCGAGCGAGUUUGAAAGAUUAGUGGCAAAAUUUAGUUUUUCUUCAAUUCUGAGAUCAUUCAAUGAUACAAAAUAACGAAAACAUUUAAUUUUCAUACAUUUAUCUCUUAUGCAAGCAAUAAUUUUCCUUUUUCUUUUUGUUUUCCAAAAUAAUUUCUAUAAAUUAAAAAUUAAUUUACAUUAAAGCAUAGCAAGACAUUUCUUUGUGAUUUUUAAAACAAAUGGAACAAUACAGAUGAUGAUAAAAAGGCGAGUGAAGAUCGAAACGAA